UUCUGAUCCCAGUUCAUCCGCAGAAAGAGGCUCAUACUCAACAAGGAACCCAGCAGAUCUGGGCUGGUGGCAUGUAAGGCAGGACAGGUUGUAUUAAGUCAAGAGGCCUAAUAGACAGGGAUCGUAACUGAGCCUCAGCAUGAACUUUAAACAGCCCUGCAUCUUUCUUAGAGGAGGAGAAAAGAGAAGAAAAUCACGAGAUCUCACCCAUGACGAGAUAGAAGAGUUAAAAGAAGCCUUUGUAGAGUUUGAUAAAGACAAAGAUGGCUUCAUCACCUGUAAAGACUUGGGGAACCUGAUGAGAACGAUGGGCUACAUGCCGACUGAAAUGGAACUGAUCCAACUGGGCCAAACCAUCAACAUGAACUUGGGGGGACGGGUGGACUUUGAGGACUUUGUGGAUUUAAUGACUCCCAAACUUCUGGAUGAAACAGCCGGGAUGAUCGGUUUGAAGGAACUAAAAGAUGCUUUCAAAGAGUUUGACAUUGAUGGUGACGGAGCCAUCACGUCUGAGGAGUUGAGGUUCGCCAUGAUUAAGUUAUUGGGCGAACACACCAGCAAAAGGGAAAUAGAUGAAGUGGUCCGAGAAGUUGACAACAACGGAGAUGGAAAAGUUGACUUUGAAGAGUUUGUGAAAAUGAUGUCAAAGAAUUAAAGACAACAGAAUGAAGACAAGAGAAGCUUUGUUUUAUAUCAACCUCCUUGUAAUUUUCUUUUUAUAUCAAAAAGCAACAUCCUGUUUGGUGUGAUUUUCAAAAUCUUACAACUUAAGACACAUUUGUUUGAAAAAUACCGAUAMAACCUUACAUCAGGAUUCUUAAACAACAAAUGCCACUAUCAGGAUGCUUCUUUUUUAUAUAUGUAUUUAUCAAAUGCGGGGUUUUUUUUACCUUAAAAUGUCCAUAAGUGAAUGAGCUAGUAAGCAUGUUGUUAAAUGUGUAAAAUGAAAACAUACUGUGUGCGAUGUGUGCAGAAAUAAAAAACAGCUUUUUUGGUCUAAUAUAUCUAAACCUGUUGACAGAAGUCAAAAAUACUCAAUGUAAAUAUAUAAAACUGUAGAGUGUUUCCUGAGGAAGUGAGUGUUCUGACCGCAGCCCAAGCUUUAAAAGCUAAAAUAAACCAAAUAUAAAACAUAAUGAUAUUUAAUGCACAUGAAUGAAUGAGGGAAAACUAAGUUACAUGUUGCAAACAGAACCCGUCUCAUAUGUAUUAGUUCUUUUACAUUGUUCACACAUUAAAAUAUAAUUUUUCCUCACUUAACAAAACUUUACAAUAAAAUGUAUUUUCUGUGUUAUUCAAAACACUUUAUUUUCAUAUAAACAUGUCUAUAUUUGUAAAGCCUGCCCCCACAGGUGUUAUAAGGGUGCUUAAAUUAAAAAGACAGACCCAUCACUUCAGUAAUAUAACAUCUGUGCAGGGAUGGAUUCAACACACAAAGAGGUUUCUCCUUUGUUGCCUUCAUGUAAUGUUGAUGAAAUCCAAUGAUGAGCUAGACAAUAAGAUUAUGCCUAAUUUCUAUAGCAUAUUUAGCUUUUCAAAAUUCUGAGAUAAAUGACUAUUUUCAAAUUACGACUCAGCWUCUUUAUGGGGGUACUAAUUUAUUUUAUUUAAAGUGAUUGAAAUGAGAUCCAAUUCAUUUGUUGAACUCACAGUUGUAAAAAAAAAACGUUUGUAUUUUUUCAGACUCCCAGAAUGCUUUAAUUUUAUGUAAUGAGAAAUAAAUACUUAUAUCAAUCUGCAGCAUUGAUCUUGUUAAAUGCUUGGUAAAUAUGUUUUGAUAUACCUUUUUUUUUCUUCACACCUCACUUCUCAUAAUGAAGGUAAAAGUGCUAAAAGUCUUUAAGGUUUAGCACAUCAGAGGUUCAUGGUGGAAAAAAAAUGAAUCAGAUUAUUUGAACAGUUAUGUGUUUGACAUGGAGAAAAAUAUCAGAGAAUAUGUUUACUAAAGAGCUUCACUGAAAGAAAGAUUUGUCUCCAUCUUAGCUCAACAGGUAAGAUAUGCAAUUUAACGUUAAAACAGACUAAACUAUUCCUUUAUGCUGACAUUUUCUCAUUGAUUGGAGYCAAAAGCAGCAGCUCUCCUCUGAUGAGCUGUGGUUCAUCACAUGUUAUGGAUUGUGUUUGCAUUGACGUGUAACUAGUUAAUAAAAACUAUUGAUUAGCUGAGGUUGUUGAUCAAUGAUCUCCUGAAAACAGCAGCUGAUUCUGCCUCAGCUCUUUCCGCAUGACUGCAGCCAUGAGCUUCUGUGUUCCUUUACUGACACCURGAGGGCAAAAGCUCAUCAGACAUUUGUGUUCUGUGCUGUCAGCCCCUCUGCAAUGCUUCUGUCUCUCUGGGAUUUUAAGGCUUCUUGUUGGUUUUUGUUUGUUUAUGGCUGCUGUAGCUCUGUGGUCGAUUUUGUAAUCUUGAGGCUGCAGGUUUGAAUCCAGGUUGCAUCAGAAAAGGCAUCCAGCAGAAAAACAWUUGCCAAAUCUUGCAUGYGAGUUCACUUGCUGUGGUGACCACUACAUUUAGUCAGAGCACGAACAGUGUUUCCACUUUCAUUUACUUAAUCAUAAAGACAAAAUAUCUUUUAAAAGAUCAUUUUUAAUAAUGUGGUUUUGUUUUUAGAAUUUAAUAGCAAUUUACUAAUCAAAUCAAGCAUGCAUUUAGUGCUGUCCAAGUUUUUAAUUUAUUUUUAACAACUAAAUUAAAAUAUUAAUAAAGUUUGCACAUUAAAACUAUGAGUCCUGCGGCAGAUGUUGCAGUUUUCCAGCAUGUAUUUUACUCUGAGAGAUCUCAGUUUAAAUGUGUCCAAGUUGUUUUAUUUCAGAGUAACAAAUGUCCAUAGCUUUCCAGUUUGGAUAAAAAAAAAAUAGCAAAACCAGCAUACAGAAUUUAUUUUUGAUUUAAAAAUGUUAUGUGUUUAUUUUAAUGGCACAAAACUUCUUUUGAGCUCAUGUCACUUGAAGUUAAAUUCUAAUUUUACAGUAACAAUUCUGUGUAAAACG